AUGAACCUUGAGGCGAACAUGUCCUCACCGGAGGUGGACAUUGAUGUGAACGUAGUGUCAAGCCCGGAACCAAGCCCGCGGCCGCUCGAGAGCCCCCAACCGGGGCAGACGGGUAGUGACGAUGAGCAGCGCUCGUCGCCCGACACUCAACACCACCAGCCACAAACGGUCUAUUCCACACCAUCUCAACAACCACCACAACAAUUAAAACCAACGCACUCACCAACGCAAGCACUGCAGCAGCAGCAGCAACUGCACCAUCAGCAGCAGAACCACCUGAGUCCGCACGCGGUAACAGGCGGUGGGCAUGGGGUGGUGCUGCAGCACCAUUCCGCGAUGGUGGCUGCGGCGGCGGCCGCCGCUGCCCUGCACCAUCAGGCGGCGGCCGCUGCGGCCCAGGCGGCCGGACAGCACGGUUGCGGUUCCUACCAUGUGUCGCCGGUGGUUGCGGCCCCCGUACCGGCCCCGGUCAACACCGCCAUCAACAGCACCAACAGCUCCAGCAACAGCUUCAACCACAGUCCCGACUCACGGCUCAGCCCGCCGAAAACGCCACCGGACAGUCAACACCAACAGCAUCAGCAACACCAUCAUCACCAUCAUCAUCAGCAGCAGCAGCAUCACCAGCAGCAGCAGCAUCCCGCACAUCAUCAGCAUCCGCCGCACCAUCCUCACACGCAUAUCAAUCAACUACCGCAUCAGCAAACGCAACAGCAGCAGUCGCCGCACCCGGUACAGCCGACGGUCGGCAAAACGUCGACCAAUCCGGGCUACACCAGCUUCUCCAUCUCGAGCAUUCUGAGCCGAACCGAGCCGGUGUCGAAGAAGGGCAUCGGCGUCAUAACGCCCGUACCGUCGCUACCGCUGUCGGCGGCUGCAGCCGCUGCGGCGGCCGCCGCAUCCGUCUCCAACGGCACCGUCAGUCUUGGGUCCAACGGUACGCCGAGCACGCAGGAUGCCGCCAUGUUAUCAAGAUUGGGAUUCAUGUCACAGUGGAGUGCGAUUGCUAAUCGGUAUGCGGCUCUCUGCCCACCCGGCUGGCCCUGGCCACCGACGUCACAUCGGAUGCCUUUCCAUAGCCCCAACAACGACAACUCCGCCAAUGCGAUCGAAAACCAAUCACCUUCGCUGACACCGCCACCUUCCCAGCAAUCCAAGUCACCCUCGCCACACCCCGCCUUUCUCGGCUCGCGUGCAACCGGCUGCGGCGGAACGGGCGGACUGGUCGGGCUCGGUGGGGCGGGUAAUGGUGGCGGACCGGGUGGUUCCGGUGGCGUUAGCAACGGUGACGACUGCGAGUCCGAUGACGACGGGCAGGAAAUCAUCGAGGAGGACGACGAAAGUGACCGACCAUCGGAUUCGGCCUCGCCCAACUCCAACGGCAGUGCAAUGCAGGCGAAGCGAAAGAAGAAAACGCGAACGGUCUUUUCGCGGGCUCAGGUGUUCCAGCUCGAGUCCACCUUCGAUCUGAAACGCUAUCUCAGCUCGUCGGAACGUGCCGGACUGGCCGCGUCGCUGCGUCUUACCGAAACGCAGGUAAAGAUCUGGUUCCAGAACCGGCGGAACAAGUGGAAACGCCAGCUCGCGGCAGAGCUGGAGGCAGCCAACAUGGCGAAUAUGGCGCACGCCGCCCAGCGCCUGGUGCGCGUCCCGGUACUCUACCACGAAGGGGCGACCGGUGGGUUUGUGCCGCCCCCACCACACCCCCACUCGCAGCAGCUCUACUACACAACAUCCGCUGCCCGUGCCGGUUCCCCGCCGCGGCCACCCUUGUCGUCGCUGGUGUAA